AGCCUCUGCGCGCCAGACCUCAUCCUCACGUCGAAUCUGUAACGUUUAAUGCUUUCUUUUCUGAUCACAAUCGUUCUCAUUGGAAGUGAAAUAUGGGAAAAACAGCUUUUUCUCACGUUCUACACGCGCAUUGAGCCUGAGAGUUGCAGGAGCGCGUAAAGAGAGUGAAAGAGGAAGAGCGCGAUGAGGAGCGAUGGCACACUCACUUUAACGGACUUAGCCGUCCUUAUUCUCCGGAUGCAGCUGAGUUUAAUGGCAGCUCAAGUCACCGUGCUUGCCAGCAGGGUGAUGAUGGAGGGCUGCCCACUCGGCCAGUUCCCCUGCGGGAAUACCAGUGUGUGCCUACCACAGGUGCUCCAAUGCAACGGUCACAGAGACUGCAAGAAUGGAGCAGAUGAGGAUCAUUGUGGCGAUAACAGUGGAUGGGCCGACAUCUUUGACCGCACCAUUACAAAGAAAGCUGAACCACAGGACCUCACUGAUGCCUGCGCUCUUCAGCAGUAUCCGGAGAGCUGCGACUGCACCAAGACAGAAGUGGAAUGUGUAGGGGUGAACUUGCGUAUCGUGCCUCUCCUCUCCUCUAACGUGACUUGGCUGUCCCUAAAGAGCAAUGACCUGAGAGAGCUUCCUGAUGAUGUGUUCUCUAAAUAUGCUGACCUGCAGCGACUGUUUCUGCAGAAUAACAGCAUUCAUAAAGUUUCCAGUCGUGCGUUCAAUGGCUUAAUCAGACUGAGAAAACUUAUGUGUCAAGUCUCCCACUUUCAAGAGCUGAAACAGCUGGAAAUCAGUGGAAACUGGGGGAGUUGUUUUCAGAGCUCCUAUACGAUUGAAGAAAUGUUCCUAAGUCAGAACUACAUCACUUCUUUAAGUCCUGAUGUUUUCAGGGAUCUCCAUAGAUUACAGUGGCUAGUGCUGGACCACAAUCCACUGAAGAGCAUCUCCCAUGAUAUCUUCAUUGGUCUCAAGUCAUUAAUAUUUCUGUCCAUGGUGAACACGUCCCUGGUACAGCUGUCUGAACUAAGCCUCUGUAACUACAUGCCUCUGCUCAGCUGGCUGGAUUUUGCUGAGAACCACAUUGAAGUGCUGAACUACUCCACUCUCACAACAUGUAGUGAACUCACAGUACUGUCAUUGCGUGACAAUAAAAUCAGAACUCUUCCUGAAAGCACUUUUCAAUCACUUGGAGCAUUGGCAGAGCUGGAUUUGUCUUGCAACAGUAUUGCAGAUCUCCCCAACAACAUAUUUAAGAAUUUAAAAUCACUAUUGAAACUAAAUAUAUCCCACAACCAUUUGCUUCACAUUCAUGCUGGUCAUUUCGAUCACCUAAUUCAGCUUGAGUCUCUAGGAUUAGAGGACAUUGAGAUUCCUGAUAUACAAACGAAGAUGUUCCUCCCAAUGAGUAAACUGUCUUACAUAUAUUUUAAGGAUUUUCACUACUGUUCCUACGCACCACAUGUGCGGAAGUGCAAACCCAACACAGACGGGAUCUCAUCAUUUGAGGACCUACUGGCCAACGUGAUCCUAAGAGUGUCCGUCUGGGUCAUGGCCUGCAUUACCUGCUUUGGAAAUCUCUUCGUUAUUGGAAUGCGAUCGUGCAUUCGUGCAGAGAACAAUCUGCAUGCAGUGUGCAUUAAAGUCCUGUGCUGCGCAGAUUGUCUGAUGGGGGUCUACCUGUUUUUUCUGGGCGUCUUUGACGUGAAGUUCCGUGGUGAGUACAAUAGGAACGCACUGCUCUGGAUGGAGAGCCGUGAAUGCCGCACCAUUGGCUUCCUGGCCAUGCUGUCAUCUGAAGUGUCAGUGCUCCUCCUCACUUACCUGACUUUGGAAAAGUUUCUGGUCAUCGUGUUCCCCUUCAGUCAUCUGCGACCUGGGAAGCUGCAGACUGGUGUAGUGCUGGUCUCCAUCUGGCUGCUAGGAUUGAUUAUAGCUGGUGUACCUCUGCUCAGCGAUGACCUUUUUGGCAACUACUACGGACGUAAUGGAGUCUGCUUUCCCCUGCAUUCAGAUAGGUUGGAGAAGCCCACUGCUAAGGGUUACUCUACAGGAAUAUUUCUUGGACUGAACCUGCUGGCUUUCCUAGUCAUUGUCUUCUGCUACUCCAGUAUGUUCUACUCCAUCUACAAGACCGGCAUCAACACCACAGAUGUGCGUAAUCGCUUGCACAAAGAUGUGGCUGUAGCCAAUCGCUUCUUCUUCAUUGUGUUCUCUGACGCUCUCUGCUGGAUCCCAAUAUUCCUCGUCAAAACGUUCUCUCUUCUUAAAAUGGAGAUACCAGGCACUAUAAACUCUUGGGUAGUGAUCUUCAUCCUGCCCAUCAACAGCGCCCUGAACCCUAUCCUCUAUACACUGACAACCAGCUUCUUCAGGGAGCAAGUGGAGCUGUUACUGUGUCGCUGGCAGCACAGCCCGUCCGUAAUAAAAGACCGCAAGAGUCUCACAAGCAGCACAAUCUACAUGGAAACUUCCAGGAAUACGUUAUAUCACUCAAAAGGCAAACUGUCCCGGGUCUCCUACCCAGAUGUGGAUACCCGGUAUGGCUGAUGGGAUAGAACAGUGCUGACUUUAUCAUCAACACCAUCUACAUUACAUGGGAACUGAAGGCUGUACAGAAAACACAACAGGGGACUCACGGUCUAGACUCUAGGAAAAUGGGUUCUACAUAUCAGCAUGGAUCUAGAUUAAUUUUCUCUCUCAGGAGAAUGAAUGCAUCAAAAGACAUUAUUGCUAUAUAUACAUACCGCAUUGUAUACCCCAAUGUAUAUAUGUAUACAUUGUAUACCCCUAUGUGUGUGUGAAUGUAUGUAUACAAAACUGAGAAAAGGAAGUUUAUAUUUGUUGCCUCCAUCAAAGCAGAUUAAAUAUUACUGGCCAGUAUCUUAAAGAAGAGAUACAUGCAGAGAUCAUAUGCUCUUCACACAGGUGGAGUGUGUUGUCUUUAUUGUCACUAGGUCACUUGAAAUGUCAAAUGAAUUUCUUGAGCCAAUUCAAGCACAUUCUUAAAUAAAUGAUGUGUAGAGAAUUUGUUUACACAUGUGCAAUAUCUAUAAGGCAAAUUUCUGAUGAAUUUAUUAGAAACUGUACAAGUCAUCUCACUGAAUAUCCUGUACAGUUCACAAAUGUUAUCUGAUCAAUUCAAAGGUCUGAAUGUAUUUCAAACAUAAGAAAACUAUUACUGAUGAACACUAUAUGGACACUAUAUAUAUUAAUUUACCCCCAGGCAAUGGUUUGCUGUGGCACACCAAAGGGUCUUGAGACCACCAAAUAGUUUGUAGACCAUUUACAAUCUGAAGUUAAGUAUAUUCCUAUAUUCAGUAGAUUUGUACUGAGUUUGAAGAAGAGCUUCACCUUUCACAUUUUUGAAAGCAUUUUUUAACCAUUUUGAAACCACUGUAUAAAUAGACAUAUGCACUCAGAGAUGUUCUAUUUAUAGGUUAUUUGUUAAUGUAAUGAAAUGCCAAUGUGUUAUUCUGUACUAUAGUAAUAAUAUAUUAUACAUGUUUAUGUUUUUUAAUGUUUGUCAUUACCAUUUGCCAUCUCUCAGUCUCACAUUAGCUUUUCUAUUGAACUUCUCCCACUUGUCAGGUUAUCACUUUAUAUUGUUUUAUAUGGCUUCCAAGGGUAAACCAUAAUUAAAAUGAACCAGCUUCUUUGAAA